UUAAUUCUUUGUUGGUGCCAAGCUAUGAAUUAAUGGAAAAUUCAAUCUGGAAUUAAUCCUGAUUAAUUAACAAAAUAAGAUGGCUUCGGCUGGAGAAGACGUUGCAGACUCAGUGAAGAGAAGUUUAAUUGUAGACGAGGCGGCAUUUGAAGAACAAUUUCUGCGAUGUCACAUCUGUAAUGAAAAAUACAAUCAGGUAGAACGACACCCGAAGUCCCUCCCGUGUAAUCAUACUUUCUGUCUACCAUGCUUGAAGCAGGUUUUCGACCAUAAUCAGCAAAACAGUCGUCCCAGACGACAAAUCACGUGGCUAGAUGACACCUACGAAGGCGUGCUGAAGUGUCCGGAAUGCCGGGUAGAGAUAUUUCUAAGUCGUACAGAAAUAGACUCUCUCCCAUCUGAUCAUCGAGUAAUUCAGAUGAUGGACUUCUUGUCUCAAGUAUCAGCAAAGUCACAAAACGUGUGUUCAAAACAUGAAAACCAGCCUUUGAACUUCUUUUGCAAAAAAUGUCUGCUUCCCGUUUGCCGAGAUUGCACGGUCUUGGAUCAUAAGGAGGGUCAAGGUCAUAAUAUAGUAGAUGUUUCAGAAGCUGUAAAUGAGAGCAAGGAAAGUUUCGAUAAAAUUGCAGACAGUAGCAAACAGCUCCUUGACAAAAUGAAAGGCCGGACAGAUGGAUUGGCCAACGCAUCGAAACAGCUUGAUUUGCAGGAAAGGCAACUUCGGGGAGUCAUUAAAGAUACAUUCAUAGAAUUCAGACUGUUACUUGAAAGGAGACAAGAAGCGCUGAUCAAAAUCCUAAAGGAUACCAUCAAAGAACAGAAGACGACAAUAAAUUCUCGGUUUGUUGAAAUUGCAACACAGGGUUCAACAUUACAGAAAUUGUACGAUCAGUUCCUAAAAGCAAGAUCUGUGAACGACUUGAAGAAACUCUUCGAAAUCCAGCAAGAGAUUCAGGAGAAAGAAUCGGAAUUCAAAGGCACUGCUGAAGCAAACGAUGACGAAAUCUUUGUUUCAUGCAAAUUUGAGGUUCCUUCCGAAUGUCAGUUUUUGUCUGAGAUGAGUGGUUUGGGAGAGGUAUCUACACAGCUCGAUCAAAGUCUGCGUAAUCCGGUACCAGCUCAUCAGCUGGUGCUCCUGGACAGUAUGGAGAUUCGACAACCACAUGCUUAUAUCCCAGAUUAUCCAGAAGAGGAGCGAGAGGAACGUGAUGCAGAGCCUACUGCGGUUGGUCGACUGCGGCGACUACAGGCUAAUUCUAUCACUCCACCUUACGCUUCAGACGACACUUAUGACGAUCGAGAGGAGGACUCUAGAGAAGAGAUUGCGUCGGCAUACUUAAUGAGAAUCGCCUCUCGAUUAAAUCAGAGUGCUGCGGAUAUGGCGGAUGUCUUGCGUGCAGCAAACGUUGAUGAUGACGCGGGCACAGAAUCGCCGUCUCCUCCACGCAGUGGUAGAACAACUUCGUCGAGGUCAAGAAGGUCCAAUCACAAUGUUAGGGUAGUGCGUCAUCCUUCGUCGUCAGGAGGUCAAAGGGCAGAUCAACAAGAUCAAGGUCACGGGUAUUCUCAGUCAUCUCGCUACAGGGAAUCCAACUCGGAUCGUUAACAUUUGUGUUUUCAACCCAAGACAAUCACUGGUCAAUUGCAAGAACAUAAAAGUGCUUUUAAAAAUUGUUGAAAUCAGAAGCGUAAAAUUAAUUCAUUUAGAACUAUUUUUAGAUAAAAACAUCAUUUCUGAUCAUUCACUUUUCAAUAAAAAAGAACAAAUUACAAACAAAUAAACAUUAAUAAAUCGGGUUUUAAUUUG